AUGCAAUCUGUGAUUCUUCGUAGAUCUUCUUCAACCCCUCCCAUCUAUCUUCUCGCUGCUUUACUACUUUUCUCCCCAUCACUGCUUAUAUGUUCCCGGAAGCUUGAAAUCAAUCACCAUCGCCGUGUUCACGGCGAUGACUCCCCAACAUACAUUUGGCCGUUGCCCUGGAAUUACAGUUUCGGCAACCUUACUCUCACUGUAGACCCAAAUCUAUCGCUCGUUACAGGUGGAAAUGGAGGCGGCUCCCAUAUCGUUUCUGAAGCCUUUGACCGAUACAGAAGUAUCAUAUUCAAGCACGCUAGCUUUGAGCUGCCCGGCACUGUGAUUGACUAUGAUCUUAACAAGCUCAGUAUCAUUGUUCACGCCGAAGAUGAGCAGCUUCAACUUGGGGCUGAUGAGAGCUACACAUUGACGGUUGAUGCAAGCGAAGGCCAUUCAGUAAUUAACGGCAUCAGGAUAGAGGCAAACUCUGUCUAUGGAGCUUUGCGUGGACUAGAGACAUUAAGCCAACUAUGUACUUUUGAUUAUGGAACCAAAACUGUGAAACUGUAUAAUGCUCCAUGGUAUGUCCGGGAUAAGCCGAGGUUUAUUUAUCGAGGGCUCUUGCUUGAUACUUCGAGGCACUAUUUGCCAAUAGAAGUAAUCAAGCAAGUUAUAGAAUCUAUGUCAUAUGCUAAACUUAAUGUCCUGCAUUGGCACAUUAUAGAUGAAGAAUCAUUUCCACUAGAAGUCCCUAUGUAUCCAAAUUUGUGGAAGGGAGCUUACACAAAAUGGGAGCGAUAUACCAUUGACGAUGCUUCUGACAUUGUUCACUACGCAAAAAUGAGAGGUAUCAAUGUUAUGGCAGAAGUUGAUGUUCCUGGGCAUGCACAGUCUUGGGGAGAAGGAUAUCCUGAACUUUGGCCAUCCCCUUCCUGCCAAGAACCUCUGGACGUCUCUAAAAACUUUACGUUUGAUCUAAUCACUGGCAUACUUUCAGACUUGAGAAAAGUUUUUCCAUUUGAGCUUUUCCAUUUAGGUGGAGAUGAGGUUCAUACAGAUUGUUGGAACUCAACUCCUCAUGUAAAGCAAUGGCUUGAAGAUCGCAAUAUGACGGCUAAGGAUGCAUAUCAGUAUUUCGUACUCAGAGCUCAGGAUAUAGCAGUAUCAUUAAAUUGGACUCCUGUUAACUGGGAAGAAACUUUCAACACUUUCGCGUCAAGUCUCAACAGUAAAACUGUUGUGCACAACUGGUUGGAAUCUGGUGUUUGCCCAAGGGCUGUAGCCAAAGGUUUCAGAUGCAUUUUCAGCAACCAAGGCGUAUGGUAUCUUGACCACUUAGAUGUGCCAUGGGAUAAAGUGUAUUAUGCUGAGCCGUUAGAAGGGAUAACUGGUGCUUUAAAGCAAAAACUUGUUCUUGGAGGAGAGGUUUGCAUGUGGGGUGAAACAGCUGAUGCCUCAAAUGUCCAGCAAACAAUAUGGCCUCGAGCAGCAGCAGCUGCAGAGCGAUUAUGGAGCGACGAGGAGUCAUUAUCUUCACAAAACUCGAGUGUUUUGGCACGACUGGAGCACUUCCGGUGUCUGCUGACUAGACGUGGUGUACCUGCAGCCCCUGUCACAAAUUUUUAUGCUCGAAGUUCACCGAAGGGUCCAGGAUCCUGCUAUAGCCAGUGA